AUGAAUAAAGAAAAUACAAAUGCUGCCAAAGUUGAAGAGCCUACCGUCCGAAUCACAAGGGCACGGGCUAAAGCCUUUGGCACUUCCGGGGAGGUAGUGUCCUCCUCAAAACCUUUCUUUAAAGAAGAUCAGAAGCAUGGUGUUCGAGCAAAUUCCAAAAGAGCAGCAUCAGACGAGAACAAAGGAUCUGCAAUUGCCACCAUUGGCUUGCAGCAUAAAAGGAGGGCAGUUCUUAAAGAUGUAGCAAACGUCAUCUGUGAAAAUUCAUAUGUGAAAUGCACCACUGAUGCCUCUCAGGUUCAGGCUAGUAAGCAGGCCAGAAGAGGUCUUGCAAAGAAUGUAAAGGCAGCCUCAAAUGUCUCGGAAGAAAGUACAGUGGUUCAAGAGGACGCAAAAGCAAAGUUAGCUGAUGAAUUAUCCAAAAUAAGGGUGGCAGAACCCCUAGAAGCCACUUUGCCAGUGAAGUUGGGAGAAAAAGAGCCACUACCCCAGGGUAUGUGUCAUAUCUUGGGACAACAUAGAGGAGCAGAUUUGAUGCUUAGAGUACAGCCUUCUGCAGAACCUGCUGAACUUCAGAACCCCAAAAAGAAAGAAGAAAAUAUGGUUUGGGAUAUAUCGGGAUCCUCAAAUGACCUGGACAUCGUGGAUAUUGACUCAAACUUAAAGGAUCCUCAAGCGUGCAGCUUGUAUGCCCCUGAUAUAUACAGUAAUAUAAGCCUUAUAGAGGUGGAGCGAAGACCGUCAACUACUUAUAUGGAAACAUUGCAGCAAGAUAUCACUCCAAGCAUGCGAGGAAUUUUGAUUGAUUGGCUUGUAGAGGUUUCCGAAGAAUAUAAGCUGGUUCCAGAUACACUUUACCUCACAGUAAAUCUCAUUGAUCGGUUUCUCUCUCACAAUUAUGUUGAAAAGCAAAGACUCCAGCUGCUUGGAGUCACUUGCACGUUAAUUGCCUCGAAGUAUGAAGAAAUAUGUGCACCGCGAGUGGAAGAAUUUUGCUUCAUCACGGACAAUACUUACUCAAGAGACGAGGUAUUAGAAAUGGAGAGUAAAGUUCUAAAUUUCUUGCACUUCCAGUUAUCUGUUCCCACCACAAAAACAUUUCUUAGGAGGUUCAUUCAUGCAGCACAAGCUUCUUAUAAGGUUCCUUGUGUUGAACUGGAGUUAUUGGCAAAUUAUUUAGCAGAGUUGACUCUUGCUGAAUAUGGUUUCCUGAAGUUCCUACCUUCCCUCAUUGCUGCCUCUGCUGUGUUCCUUGCCAGAUGGACACUCGAUCAGUCUGACCAUCCAUGGAAUCCUACUUUAGAGCGCUAUACCUCUUACAAAACAUCAGAGCUCAAAACUACAGUUGUUGCACUGGAAGAUUUGCAACUGAACACCAAGGGCUGUCCCCUAAAUGCAAUACGUGAGAAGUACAGACACCAGAAGCCUGCUCAUAUCGCCGCAGGCGUGUAG